AUUAAUAUGUGCGGUUUGAUAUGAAAACUUCCGUAAACAGCUGAUUAGAGUCGCAACCAUUUAUAGUAGAGUAGAUUCCUGGAACAAAAAAUAAUUAUAACACUCGAAUAUUUCAUUUGAAUGCAUUGUCAUUGUUCUUAUAAAUUAUGGAAGAAGAAGCAAACAAAUAUGACGUUGAUAAAUUGGUGGAAGAAUUGAACCGAGUUGUAAAAUUGCAAGAUGAUAAGACGAGCAAUGAACGUGAUAUCAUUAAAAUAUUGGAGUCGUUAGUGGAAAUUAAUAAUAAAAUUACUGAAGAUGGAGACGGAGAUAUGGCAGUUGAUGAUGUAUUUUUAACGCUUCUUACUCAUGAAUCAAAGGCAGUGGUUGCUAAAGCUGCUAAGAUGAUUGCUGAGAUCGCACAAACGGAGAAUGGACGUCAAAAAUGUACUCUUAGUAAUGUAGUUAAAGAGCUGAUGGAUUUAUUGAAUAGAGAUGAGAUUGAUAUCCUCACACAAUCGGCUCGUGCACUUGGAAAUAUUUGCUACGAUAAUGAACUGGGUAUAAAACUGGUCCAAGAUAAUGGAGGGCUGAAAAACAUUUUUAGAGUAUUAGAGAUAUCUGUGAGUUUGCGUGAUGCUGAAGGCGCUCACUUUCUAAGACAUGUUACUGCUGGUUUUCUUUUGAAUUUUCUUCUUGACGAGAAAAGCAUACAGCAGGAAGCUUUGGAUAAGGGAUUUAUGCCGCUUGCUUGCAGUAUACUAGAACUUGAUGCAGUGGAGGAUGUGACAUCUGCGAUGCAUGUUUUAUUAAUACUGGGAGGAUUUUGUGAUAAUGGGUUCCUGAUUUUUGAUGAAAAACUUGCCAAAGUAAUGGUUAAAAUUUUAGCUGAAAAUACUUCCGAAGAAGUUGUCAACUGUGUCGAAUUAUUACAUGGCCAAGCUCAAUACGAAAGCGCUAAGACUAUAAUGACAAAAUCAGGAGUUUGCGAAAUAAUACUGAAAUUAUUAGAUACAUAUGCGUCUGAUUGUGAGGAUGAAGAGACAAGAUCUGCUUUAAAAAUGGCCUGUGAUUUAAUUGUCAUGAUUACAACAGGAGACGAAAGUAUGAAUUUGCUGUUUUCAAAUGGCGAAGGAAUCGUGUACAAAACGCUCGUCGAGUGGUUGGACGUUGAUGCUGAUGAAGAUCUCAAAGUAGCGGGUGUCCUAUCGAUGAGUAACUUUGCUCGAAAUGAAGCUCACUGUGAGUUGAUGGUAAUCCAGGGUGUUCAUAAAAAGUUAUUCACACUUUUGGCAAAAAAUGAUAGCAUCAAUGCAGGCGUACGUUUCCAACAUGCGUUACUUAGCGGGGUACGUAAUCUAGUGAUACCGCAGAAUAAUAAACCGAUAAUGCUUGCCCAUGGCCUAAUUGACGUCGUCUAUCCAAUGCUGAAAAUCCCGGCUCUCCAUGUGGUCUUUAAGCUUCUGGGUACUCUGAGGAUAGUAAUCGACGGGCAGAAAGACGCAGCGACGUUGCUUGGGACCAAAGAAGACCUUUUGGAAAAAGUUAUUGAGUGGUGCGGCACUGAAGACCAUCCGGGAGUUCAUGGUGAAGCUAACAGACUCGUCGCCUGGUUAAUUACCAACAGUCGUGAUAAAAAUGUCGUGUCUUUGGUUAUUAAACAGGGUGGCAUUAAGUAUUUGGUUAAAAUGAUUAACUCAACGCACUCACUUAUGCAAAACGAAGCAUUUUUAAGUUUGACUAUUACGGCUGUCAUGUAUUUGAGAAAUUCCGAACAAAAACUUAUUGAAGCGGACGUUGGUCAAGAGCUCAAAAGUUUUUUUAAAGACAGCCUUCCUCGCAUUGAAGUUCCUAUUAUAGAAAAUGCUCUUACUUUUGCUAGUAAACUUGUUAAGUCAGAUGCAUUGAAGGAACAUUUGAAAAAUUCAAAUUUUCUCGAGGGAAUAGAGAAAGAAAAAAAUCCAGCUUGGCCAAACACAUUGACAGAAAAAUUAGAGUCGCUGACGCACCUCCUCAGUGUCUAAAUGAACUACAGACUGAUUUUUUUGAAUAAAGUAUUCUAUCGAUAAAUUUAAGGCAGUAAAUAAUAACCGAAAUCCAUAUUUUUAUUACAGGAAUAUAUAUUUUUUUUGUUAUAUUUUCUCUAUACACAAGCAACAAAUCAAAAUGAUGAUAUUUAUCGAUUUUUAUGUCUAUUGAAAGUACCACAAUAUUCGUCGAUCAAAAAAACUCAAAGCAAAAAAAAUAUUGUUAAUUAAAAUGUUUGAAUUUAAAAGUCGGCAUAGCGCCAUCUUAUUGUGGAGUGUUAUAUAAUAUAUAUAUGUAAUAUAAAUUUAAAAAACUAAAA